UAUCCUCCCCACUAUUCAACUUCGCAUUCACUCAACAACAAUGAACAGCCAGAGAGUAGGCAUUCUCGGUGGUGGCCAACUUGGGCGCAUGAUGAUUGAGGCGGCUUCCCGCUUGAACUUGCAAGUGGUUAUUUUGGACAAGCCUGUUGACAGCCCUGCAAAACAAAUCGAAGCAACCCAAAAGCAUAUUGAAGGAGAGUUUAAGGAUCCUACCAAAAUUGAGGAACUUGCUUCCCAAGUUGAUGUUAUAACUAUUGAGAUCGAACACGUUAACGCCGAAAUCCUUGCUUCGCUCGAAAAGAAGGGUUCCAUUAUUCACCCUUCACCAUCAACCAUUCUUACCAUUCAAGAUAAAUAUGCGCAAAAGCAGCAUUUGGCUUCACAUGGAAUUCCUCUUGCUGAAUAUGUGGAAAUCCCUGAUCGUGCUGCCCUUGUUGCGGCUGGUCAAAAGUUUGGAUACCCCCUCAUGAUUAAGAGCAAGACCAUGGCCUACGACGGCAAAGGUAACUACGUUGCCAAGUCCGAAGCUGAUAUUGAUGCUGCCAUGAAGGCUCUUUCUGCUACCCCAUUGUAUGCUGAGAAGUGGGCCCCAUUCGUUAAAGAACUUGCGGUCAUGGUUGUUCGCCGCGCCAACGGUGAAGUUCGUGCUUAUCCUGUUGUUGAAACAGUCCACAAGAACAGUAUCUGUCAUCUUGUCAUCGCCCCCGCACAAGUUGACGGUGUUGUUGCUGAGCGUGCUCAAAAGGUCGCCGAAAAUGCGAUCAAGACCUUCAGCGGCGCUGGCGUCUUUGGAGUUGAAAUGUUCAUGAUGGAAGAUGGUGAACUUCUCUUGAACGAAAUUGCACCCCGCCCUCAUAACUCCGGUCACUAUACCAUCGAAGCUUGCGAAACUUCGCAGUACGAAAAUCAUUUGCGUGCCGUGCUCGAUAUGCCAUUGGGAUCUACACACAUGAAGGUGCCUGCUUCCAUUAUGGUCAACAUCUUGGGUGAAAAUUCCGAUAUGGAAGAGUGCUAUAAGCCCUGUCAAGAGGCUCUUUCCGUUGACGGUGCUACUAUUCAUUUGUAUGGCAAGAAGGAGUGCCGCGCCGGUCGCAAAAUGGGUCACAUUACAGUUGUUGGCGAAAGCAUGAUGCAGGUCCAAUCACGUCUUAAACCUAUUCUCAACGCCAUUGAACCCGGUGUUGAGCGCCCUCUCACUCUCAACCCAUUGGUUGGAAUCAUUAUGGGAUCUGAUUCUGAUCUGCCAGUCAUGAAAGUUGGCGCUAAGAUUCUCAAGGACUUUGGUAUUCCUUUUGAGUUGUCUAUUGUCUCCGCACAUCGAACACCACAAAGAAUGACCGACUACGCUCAUUCUGCUGCCACGCGUGGUAUUAAGGCCAUCAUUGCCGGUGCUGGUGGUGCUGCUCACUUGCCUGGCAUGGUCGCCGCCAUGACUCCUCUUCCUGUUAUUGGUGUUCCUGUCAAGGGAUCUUCGCUUGACGGCGUUGAUUCACUUUACAGCAUUGUGCAGAUGCCUCGUGGCAUCCCAGUUGCUACCGUUGCCAUCAACAACAGCACUAACGCAGCACUCUUGGCCAUCCGUAUCAUCGGUGCCUUCGUUCCUGGCGUUUUGGAUCAGAUGGAUGCCUAUAUGAAGAAGAUGGAGUCUGAAGUUAUGGGCAAAGUCGAGCGCCUGGACAAUGUCGGUUGGGAGGAUUAUUGAAGGGAAAUGAUGUUUUUAAGAUUCCCAAAUAAAAAUACUACAUAGAAUUUAUUUAAGCCUACUUCCUUUACUCAACGUUGUAGAAAAUUGGAUUGUGUGUACUUUAUGCAUACAAAGAAUGCUUCAUUCCUGUAUAGCGCUGAUUUGGAUUAACUUUAGCUGAAAUUCGCUACAGAUAUCCGCCGCUUUUGUUAACGAUGCGGCAAUAUUCGUGAGCAGUGGGGACUGUGUUCGAACUCGGCACUCGUCUAGCACUGUGGCAAAUUUGUCUUUGUAAGGU